AUGAUUUCUCCCCCCAAUGUUAUUACCUCGGAAGAGGUAAACUGCCUCAUCUACUCCUACUUUCAAGACUGCGGCUUCAACCAUUCUGCUUUCGCUCUUAGGAAUGAAGGCCGUUUGCAAAAUUCGCCCUUUUCACAAAAACACAUUCCGCGCGGGCAGCUCGUAGAUCUUCUUAGCAAGGCUCUGCUUUAUAUUGAAGUCGAGGCUCAUUGGCGGAAUGAUUCCCUCACAACUAACUGCAAAAGCAAUUUCUCCCUUAUUGACCACCAUAUAUGCUCUCUGGACGCGCCUCAGGAAACACACGACUCUCUUCAGGAUAAUCAGAUGGAUAUUGGUGAAUCUGAUUCAAUAUCCACACACGGCAUUACUUCGUCAUUGGCCAACACAUCACGUCCGUACGCCACCUCACAGCCGAAGGAUGUACCAUCCAGAAACGGUCCCCAGACUAAUGAUACAAAAGCGCCCAAUCAUACCUCUCAUAGAAUUAGCCCACCACGAUCACUUCCAUCUGCCCCCGAUAUCAAUACGAAACGGAAAACAUCACCAAUACCGAGUGAGGGACCUGUAGAGAAACGUGCAAGGCGUGCCUCUACCGACAUGGACAUUGACGAACGCUCCGAAUCUGCCGCAUCAACUUCACAAGAUCUUAGUCUUAAAAUUGAAACCAACCGGGCGUCUACGAGGAUGGAAACACGCGCACAAGGCCCUGGUGAUAACAAAACAGAUCCUCGCGUUAUGUUGUUACUUCCCGGACAUCAGACAGAGGUAUUCGUAUGUGCCUUCAAUCCCAAAAUGCACAAUUUGCUGGCUUCAGGAUCGAAAGACGCCGUUGUCAAUCUAUGGGACCUUCCAGACCCACCUACUACUCCUGGCGAGUAUGCUGAGAGUCCAGGGGAACCUCUUGUUUUGGAUAAUGUGUCAAGAGCUGUACAGGGAGACCUUACUUCACUGCAUUGGAAUCGAGAAGGAACACUACUUGCCAUCGGUUCAUAUGAUUCAAUUCUUCGUGUAUGUACCGAUUCUGGUUCGGUAUACUUCUCGCAUCCUCAGCACCAGAAGGGCCCGAUCUUUUCAACACGGUUUUCCAAAGAUGGCUCGUGGUUAUUGACUGCGAGUCUUGACGGAACCACGUGCCUAUGGGAUGUGAAAGAAAAGCGCUUGCACAGACAGUAUCGAUGUCACAAAGAUUGUUGUUUGGAUAUUGAGUGGCUUAGUGAAGACACAUUUGCAAGCGCCGGCGCGGACAUGCGUAUUUUUGUAAUGCGCGUUGACGAGGAUGAGCCGAUCAAAACAUUAGUUGGGCACAAAGAUGAGAUCAACCAGAUUAGAGUUAAUCCUGCUGGGACCAGAUUAGCAUCCUGUUCUGACGAUGGGACAGCCCAUAUAUGGAGAGUGGAUAAUAUUGACGAGGCCGCUGAUUCCAUUCCUGGUUUAUCCGCAUCGGAUCAUGGUGUUUCCCUAAAAGGCCACACGCAUUCCGUCAGUACUGUGGGUUGGUGUGUCGAUCAUCCGGCAGGGACGAAUGAACUUCUUGCCACGUCAUCCUUUGACUGCACUGCCCGGCUGUGGGAUUCAGUGACAGGGGAAUGCUUACAUGUGUUCAAGGAUCAUAGAGCACCAUUAUACGCACUAACCUUUAGCCCUGACGGAAAAUUCUUUGCCACUGGGAGUGGAGACGGAUGGCUGCAUUUGUACCAAACAAGGACAUAUGCUCGAAUAUGGUCAUGGUUCGCUGGGUUCGAAAAACCGGGUAUAUUUGAGAUCGACUGGCAGGAAUAUGAUGGGGUGAACCGGAUCGCAAUGGCGCUCGAGUGUCGACAGGUUGCGGUGCUGGACGUGAAUAAGCUGGAUAGUUAUCGGACAGCAAUAGCAGGUGAAAAACGGACAGCCUCUCGGAUAGAGGAGGUUGUUGUAUGA